AUGUUAAGCCUUCUGUAUCGUGUCAGCCGUAGGCGGACUGUGCUAAAACCACAGUUUAUGGUUUUGCGUAAUCUGACUGCUAAAGUGGGAAAGAACAAAGAAGAAGAUGAACUCCCCAUUUUUCAGUAUGUGGGCAACAGGGCCAAAAGAAAGGAUCGUGUGUUUGUAUGGGGCUUUUCCAGCACUGGCGCUCUGGGAAUCCCAAGUUUUGUGGUCCCUGAUUCCGGACGAAAGAAGCCUAAGAGAUUCCAGCUAACUCCUUAUAGGUUGGAUAUGGAAGAAAAGAUCUCCUCGGCUGCCUGUGGUUAUGGCUUUACGCUGAUGUCAUCCACCACAAGGGAUGUUACAAAAGUUUGGGGAAUGGGAUUGAACAAGGAUUCACAGAUCGGGUUUCACAGGAGCAGACGAGAUAGAACCAAGGGUUACGAGUAUGUCCUGGAGCCUUCACCGGUCCCUUUGCCACUGGACAAACCUCAGAAUACACAGGUGCUUCAAGUGUCAUGCGGGAGAGCGCACUCAUUAAUUCUAACAGACGAAGGUGUUCUGAGCAUGGGAAACAAUUCGUAUGGACAAUGUGCAAGGAAAAUUGUGGAAGGAGAAAUAUACAGUGAAAGCCAGCUCAUACACCGGGUCAUGCCGUUGGACAGUAAAGUUUCUCAAAUUGCAUGUGGACAAGAUCACAGUCUUUUCAGGAUGGAAAAAGGAGAGGUAUAUUCCUGCGGCUGGGGAGCAGAUGGACAAACGGGCCUCGGACAUUACAACAUCUGCAGUGUUCCCACAAAGCUGUGUGGGGAUUUGUCUGGCAUGAACAUUGUUCAGGUGGCUACUUAUGGAGAUUGCUGCCUGGCCGUUUCAAAAGAAGGAGAGCUCUUUGGUUGGGGGAACUCUGAGUACCUCCAGUUUGCAUCAAUCACUGACACUACUCAGGUCAAUGUUCCCCGGCACUUGUCAUUCCAUCAUGUUGGGAAAGUGAAGCAGGUUGCGUGUGGAGGGACCAGUUGUGCUGUUUUAAAUACAGAUGGAAACGUCUUUGUCUGGGGUUACGGCAUCCUUGGGAAAGGACCGAAUGUAAUGGAGUCAAAGAUACCAGAGAUGAUCCCCCCAACACUGUUUGGCAUGUCCGAAUUUAACCCAAAUGUCCGUGUGACCCAGAUCUACUCAGGACUAAGUCACUUUGCUGCUGUAAACAGUCGAGGAGAGCUAUUUGUCUGGGGGAAAAAUAUAAGAGGUGGCUUAGGUACUGGAAGACUUGAAGACCAGUAUUUUCCCUGGAGGGUGACUGUUCCCGGCGAGGUUGUGGAAGUUGCUUGUGGUGUUGAUCACAUGAUGGCCCUUGUGAAGUCUUUCAUUUGA